GCUUCGCACGCGGUUCGCACCGGGAUCCGAGAGAACGAGCAGCAUAUAUACCGUGGACGGUGGACGAAUUAUUUCUAGCCAUCUUAUAUAUGUAGGCGUUCUGAAAGGCAGGCUCGUUGUUGGACAACGCAACGAUAAGUGCAAGUAUUUCGCGAAGACGAGUUCAUCCGACGUGUUGAAGCGACUCCGAGAGCUGCCGUUGAAAUUUUGAGGGUUGUUGCCGCUAGUGUGACGAAAAGACUUCACAUGCGUUAUCUAUCGUGAUCGGAAAUAUUUCGAUACCGGUGCGGUCGAUUAGCGUUACCAUGUGGAACGACUGAUCGAUUCGAAUCUGAUACGUGUUGACAGAAGUUUAAUCUCGGUCCCGUUUGUUUACCGUGCGAAUAGGUGGACUCUUGACUGUACGAUCAGUGAAUUCCCUCGCGUAAUUUGUGCGAUUCCUUGAACUUUCGUUGUUCGAGUGUCAGGACAUCAUGAAGGACUUCAUGAUGAUAUGGAAUCGAAUCGCCGGCCGACGAUACUCGAGCGUCAACGUGAAUCAAAACCAGAGCGAUACCAGCGAGUCGGAAGACAUUAAUAUUGCCAGCAGGACGAGCAACUUGAGGAGAAAAUCGUCCAUCGUGGUGAAUCGAUUCUUUAACGCGGCGAUAUCUGUGCAUACCGAGGGAAGACCGAAAUGGCCAAGGAGUAUUUUCAUGCUGAUGACGUUGGGCUCGCUCGGACUCGCCACUGGUUGCAUUCUCUUCGUACUCCAACCGUACGAUCUGCUUUUCAAGUUGAAGGUGAUAUUCAGCGAAGGAGGCGAAAUAUUUGAAUUAUGGCGGAAACCCGAUGUCGAACUAUACUUGAAAGUCUAUUUGUUCAACAUAACGAAUCGCGACGAAUACAUGUCCGGUAUAGCGAGCAAGUUACGCUUCCAGGAAAUUGGUCCGUACACUUACAGGGAGGUGAUCGAACAUGCAGAUGUGACAUUCAACAACAAUGGCACUGUAACGACGUUUCCUCGCCAUCCCUUAACGUAUGUACCGGAAAUGAGCGGUGGAAAGGAAGAAGAUCUAGCAAUACUACCAAACAUCGCUUUAUUGAGUAUUACAAACGUCAUGAAGGAUUCCAAUUAUUUCUCUAGAUUAGGUUUGAAUUUGUUGAUUACGAAUACGAAUUCACAACCUUUAGUUGAAAUGACUGCUAAAGAGUUCAUGUUCGGAUACGAGUCUACUCUUGUUAGUCUUGGGAACAAAAUGAUGCCAUCUUGGAUCAAGUUUGACAAACUCGGUCUCAUCGAUAGGAUGUACGAUUUUGACGGUGACGUUGAGACCGUUUACACGGGGGCAAACGACAUUCGUCGAACAGGCUUAAUCGAAAAGUACAACGGCGACGUGAAUCUGCCGCAAUGGACAGGAAAAUGCGCGAAUGUGAACCAGGCCAGUGACGGCGUCAAGUUCCCAAGUUAUCUUCGACCGAAUGAGACUGUAUUGUUCUACAGAAAAAGUCUUUGUCGCAGUGCCUACAUGCAUCAAACUGGAGAAACGUACAUAAAAGGAUUGCACGCGUAUCAGUACAAGUUCGUGGAGAACGUGUUGGAUAAUGGUGCUUACAAUCCGGAGAACAAGUGCUUCUGUCGCAAAGGAUACUGUUUGAAACCUGGCUUAAUCGACGUCACCGAUUGCUAUUACGGUUUUCCAAUAGCUCUGUCGUAUCCGCACUUUUACAAAUCGGAUCCAAGUAUAUUGGCUGCAGUGGAGGGUUUAACUCCAAACGCGGAUCUUCAUGAAUCUUUCGCGUACAUUCAACCACAAUCAGGCCUUCCGCUAAAACUUGCUUUCCGUUUCCAAAUCAACAUGGCUCUGCAAAACAUUGGACACAUGGCCAGGGUGGAAAAGUUUGAAAACUUCGUUCUACCCCUACUGUGGUUCGAAAUCGGAAUGUACGAGUUACCACAGUCGAUGAAUAAUCGUUUCUGGAUGUAUUUAAACUUGUUACCGGUUCUUCAAUACGUAGCGAUUUAUUCCCUGUUCAUCGUGGGUUCUAUACUUAUAGUAAUCAGUAUCCACAAAAUCCUUGUAUUUCAAAUGAAGGGAUCGUCGACGCCCCAGCAAUGGUUAGGCUCUGGAAUACAGAAUAAUAAAUUCUUCAACAAUAACAGACGGAUGUCGUGCAAAAUCAAAGAAAUGGACAUCUACUACAGUUCGUUGCUUCAACCGAACGAGGCGAGUCCGAUCUCUGAAGAAUCGCCGCAAUUACCAUGUUCAAGAGAAGAUAUAGUGUGAUUGAUAAUUUACGGAUGUAAUUCUUGAAAGAGGCUAUUUCCCGCGUAAAAUUCACUUAUGCUCAAAACCCAUUAAACAUAUCGGAAUCAAAAUUUAAGUAUAUUGAAAUUUAUGGUUACUCUUACUUUCAAAUCGAAUUUACAUUAAUAAUAAAAAUAUAAAUGUAUGGGUUAUUUAGUAAGGAAUUAUGAAAUAGCUUUUUAUUUAGCACAAACGCUAAUAUAAACGUGGUAAUGGUAUCAUUUUUUCAUAUAUUUCUAUCAAAAUUUAAUUCUCGUUUGUUGGUACGAACGGUGCAAAUUCAAAAUAUUUUUUUGAAUAUAAUUCUUUUAAUAUGCAAAUCGUGACAUGAGACAAUAGCGGGUGAAAUAUCUUCUUUCAUAUAUAUAAAAUCUAUUAUUUAAAAUUUCUUUGUUUAUUAAUGAAAAUUAGUUAAUUUUUAAUGGAAUUUGUAUGCAAAAUUGUUUCAUGAAAAAACCGGUGCGAUUGUUAGACAAAGAAGAAGAGAUAGGUGCAAUAAUCGUUUACACCGAUGGGAUAAUCGUGCAAAUCUGAUUCAUCGCUGGUUUGCAUGAAAAUAUAUUCAUAAUCAUAUAAACGAUUAAAUGCAUUAAGACUGAUAUUAUAGACUGGUUGUAGUGAUUAAGAGAUUUGUACGGAAUUAUACUAUAAAAGAUACUUGAAAGGAGAUGGGACAAUGAAAAUACAUAACAAAUUUGGAAUUGCACCGUUUGUGCGAUACGAGGCCAUGAAAUUUAAACAAAAUAUAUAACAAAUACGUUCAUAUAACGAACAGGGAAAAGUGAUACUUGAAUAAUAACUUUGAAUCAUUCUUGAAAGGGUUAAUAAAUAAUUGUGUAUCUUGUAUAGAUACUUUUGCUCCACAUGAGCUGUAAAAAGUAUUAUUUUAUAUUGUAUAAAAAAAUUGUCGAAAUACUUCAAAACUAUAUCUUACAUAGUUUGCAAAUAUUUCAAUAACAAACGUGAAAUUAUUCAUUCAGUUGCAAUUUAAAUCAUUAAAUUGUAAUCAUAAGUAAUCUCGUUUCAAAAAAAAAUAAUUCCCCUAAUAAUAGUACUUAUGAAUUCAAUUGUAGUACAUAUAUUUGUACAUAAUUAUUCUUGUUUGUUAUUACAAAUUAUGUAAUUAUAAAAUUUAUGAACACUUUUGAAGCAGAAUAUUGAAUUGUAGAAUACAACAAUUAUUACCAUGUUUAUAAAAUAUCAGAAUAUUAUAGGGGAAUAAUAAGACUAUUAAACUUUGUCAGCUUGAAAGAAAUUGCUGCGAUUGUAAAUAUUGUACAUAGACUUUUAAUUAUGAAUCGUUGAUAGGUAUUAUUUGCAUUGUUUAUAAAUUUUUAAAGUUUAUACAUAUAGUAUAAAGUAAUCUUAAAUUCAUAAAUGCAUUUACUGUGCUGCAUAUAAAAUGGAAAAACAGUAAAGUUAGAAGCAUUUUUUCAUCUGAAGUUGUAUAUGCUAAGUCAAAAAUAGUAAGGUGUAAUCUCGUAAUUUAUAAGUUAUUUAUAAGGUAAUUAGGUUUAAAAAGUUAUUCAACAUCAAUCUUGCCUCAUCUACGUAAUCAACUAAUACUUGUGAUCAGCUAAGGAAACAGUAUUAUUAUAAUAUGAAACUAGACAUGUUCCUAUCAAUUAUAUUCUCAUAUUAAUUAUAAUAGAAUAAAACAAUUGUUGCUUAACCACUUUGUACACAUAAUAAUUUCUGUUUCCUUUAGUUGUAAAUUUCAUGUUGUUUAUGAGAAAAAUUUUGUUCAAUGAAAUGUUCAACCAUGUAAUAACUGUUACAUUCUUCAUGCAAAUAUUGUAAUUCUUGCCAGUAAAAUUGUAAUAAGUAUUUAUAAAAAUUGCUCAAUAA